CAAAUGCAUGGGCUGAAGGCCCGGAGAAGACAGCGAACCCAGAUAGAUCGCAUUCUCAGAAUGCUGUACACCCCAGCGCACGAUAGCAGAGACUCGACUGUUUUCUGGGUCGCUUGCUCUGUACGCGCUUGGGAUUUCACUGACCAUAUCCUGCCGACCUUUAUUACCCAUCAACCGCCGAUGCUCAAUCGCAUUUUUCUCGUUCUUCGGUUCCCGGAAUUCGACUCGAUUUUUAUCGAUCCCAAUAACGAAUUAGGUCGAUUUUACUUGGUUCACAAGGAGCCAAGAUCCAAAUAGUCUCCUUUGGUCCCUGGUAAUUCACUGUCUCAAUGGUGGGAUAUGAUAGAGAUGAAUAUGAAGAUUUGGAUGAGUAUGAGGAGGAUGAUGAGAAGUACGAGGAAGAGGGCUACGAAGAGGAGGAAACCCACCAGCCCACACAGGAGGCAUUGGAAUAUCUUGAACUGAGGCAACGGUUAAAAGAGACAUAUAGAAAGAAGAUGAAGAAGCAAUUAGGGACUGCUAAUCCCAGUUCCAGUGAAAAAACUAAUGCAGUGCGCAAGGAUAACUUUGGUUCAUUCUUUGGGCCUUCACAGCCAGUUAUUGCUUCGAGAGUGAUUCAAGAAAGCAAGUCCUUGUUGGAGAACCCAAAUUUGGCAGCAAGGAUUUCUAAAUCCAAUACUUCCAUGCAAGCCAAUAAGAACUCUGCUUCAGCCACUGCGGGGUCAAAACCUCGAUCUGACCAUCUGCAAAAAGUUACCAAUGGGGUAAUUGUAGUAGUCAUUGCUUCAUUUUGGGGUUAAUUUAAAUCUUUCUGU